GUGAGGGUCAGGUUCAUUAUAACGCUACCUAGGAUACAUUUUCGACGGUGGUUAUCAAUAAGAUUUUGGGAAGCAGAUGACAGGGGUGCUCCACUGCCAUGGACCAGAUCUCUUUUCAUCAUAAUAGUGUGCUGUCAGAUGUUCACUUGCUCUUGCCUAAUGCACAGCACUUAAUGACACGCCUCAACCAAGUUGGACAGCCUGUCUUCAUCUCCAAAUUCAAGAUCUUGUCAGAUGGUGAAAGGCAAGACAGCAAUGACCCAGAGAAAUGUAAAGGAAAAGAUGAAGAUGAAGGUGUGGUAGGAAAUAUGGAACCAGUUGUGGAUGAAGACGGAGACCUUGACAUCACACGCCGACUGCAGAAAAACCCUAUGGUGGAUAUUGGUCGAGACUUGGUCUGUCCCAUCAUUCUCAAACAGACCAACCCUGCACUGGAACAAGAAGAAGAGAAUACUAAUGGUGAAGUUAAGUACUUCAAAGACACCAUUAGGAUUGAGCACACUAUGGCAACACCCCUGGAGGAUGUCGGCAAACAGAUAUGGCGAGGUGCAUUUCUCUUGGCUGACUUCAUCUUCUCUAAGCCAUUCAUGUUCAAAGGAGCAACAGUCCUAGAGCUGGGAGCGGGAACAGGCUUAACCAGCAUCAUCAUGGCAACCAUAGCCAAAACUGUGUACUGCACAGAUGUGGGGGAGGACCUUUUAAGCAUGUGCAAGAGAAAUGUAAUAUUAAAUUCACACUUGAUGGAGCCUUCAGGUGGAGAGGUGAAAGUGAGACAGUUGGAUUGGCUGCAGCAUGACCUUUGUACAGAUGCUGAUAUGGAAUUUAGCUGGACAGAAGAGGAAGUAGUGGAAGUAUAUAACAACACUAGCUUCAUCAUUGCUUCUGAUGUCUGCUAUGAUGAUGAUCUUACAGAUGGCCUUUUCCGAACCCUGUACAGACUCUGCAAUAACUUUCUUCACAACUGCACAAUCCUUAUCUCAAUAGAGAAAAGGAUGAAUUUCACUCUGCGACACCUGAAUGUUUCCUGCAAGGCCUACGACCAUUUCAGCCAUUGUCUGGCCCAACUCCAGGACCGGGUGGAUGGAAAAUGCAGUUUCAGAGUAGAACAACUCCCUUCUGACUUCCCACAGUUUCUUUCCUAUGAACGCAUAGAGCAACUGUGAACAGUGGGGCCAAGGAGUUGACGCUCCUCAUCCAAGACCUUGGCAACCCAGCAGGACACGACAGCCUGGGCAUCCCAUUGCUUGACGCUUUCCGCAUCCCAGACAUUUGGAGUACGCAGAGGCUCCAUCUCAGCUGCAUCCAGGACCCACUGGGCAUGCAGCUGUACACCCAGACUGGCAGGCUGAUGAAGGUCAGAGUCAUCCUGCUGGUCUUAUCGCUGCACGAGGGGCUCCACGUCUUUGGA